CGCCUGGGGUGAGUUUGAGAGGCGACCGAUCCGGAUCGAUCGCGAUCGAUCCGGAUCGGUCGCCUGUUCAGCGUUUGAGAGAGCGACCGGUCACACCGACCGGUCACUGCUUUCGCGCCCACGAUUCAGAGGUGGGUCGCCUAAACAAUAACAAUCAAGAUGGCCGCCUACCCAGAACAAGUCUAUCAAUGCCAGUCCUGCCUCUUCAAGACCUCAAGCAUAACAAUAAUAGGCGACCAUGUGGAAAAUUGCACUGGAACAGCUACCAUUGCUCAUGAUGCUGCACAAGAGGAAUCAUUGGAUGCUGUACAAGACUUUUUGACAAGACACCAGGACGAUGAGACACUGACAAUUCUGGCUCAAGACGGUCAUGAUGCAGGUGACUCCCAGUCUGUACAUGCAUGGCCAGCGGCAGCAACACUACUGCUCAUAGAUUCAUUCAGGAAGCACCAAGAUGAUUUCAAUCAUCCCAACAAAAAGAAAAAUGCCAUUUGGAAGGAUGUUGCAAAAGAAAUGCAAGGCGAAGGCUAUGCUGUUGAUGCUGCUCAGUGUGACAACAAGAUGCGAUCACUGAAGAAAAGGUACAAGCUUAUUAAAGAUAAAGCCAGCAAGACUGGGCAGGGGGCCAUGAGACCAUGGCAGUUCUUCAAUGCCAUGGAUGAUCUCCUGUCUGGUGAUCCAACGAUACGCCCCAUUGCCCUGAAGAGUUCUUUACCUUUUGCCUCUACCUCAACAGCAGCAACACCAUCAUGUGUCGGAGGGCAAGGAUCAUCAACAUCGGGACUGCAGCCCACCAAAAUUUCUGUUGGUGUUCCAUCACCAACAGGAAUACAAAGUCCUGCCCCUUCACCUCUUCCUUUGAUGAGUCCCAACUUCUCCUCAAGUGAACCCCCAUCGCCCUUGGAACAACGCCCCAAAAGACGGAGGACGGAAGGGGCAAGUAAUGUGACACAUGCCUUACUGGAGUCACAAGACAAGGCGUUUGAAGAGUUGCUUACUACUAGCAAGGACCGCAACACUUCAAUAAAUAAUUUCAUAAAUGUCAUGGAGCACAGAAAAUCCUCUUCAGAGAUAGCUGUAGAGGAUUACAGGAAGGACAAAGAGGACUUGACCAAAAAGGUUGAGGAUCUUUAUGAAGUAAUAUUAAGAAAUACGGAAAAGCAUGUGAAAGAAAUUAAAGAAAAUAAUGAAAGGCACCAAAGUGAAAUGAAAGAAAUUAUUGAAAAGUGCCAAAACCAAAUAAAAGAACUCAAUGAAAAGCACCAAAGUCAAAUUCAAGAAUUAAGUAAAGAACAUGCAAAAGAAAUAAUUGCAUUGCAAACCCAGCACCAAGAACAACUUGUGAAACUUAUUUUAAGUAAGAAUCAGUGAUUGUCAUAUUCUCUCUUGCUCUCUCUCACUUUUUUUAUGUUGGUAUUUUUUGUUUCUCUUCUUGUCUUUUUACACUCUGUAUAUUGCAUGCAUUCAAAGGUUUCUCUAUGUUAGGCGAGCAAAAACAUACAUAUGUAUGUAAAUCGGAAAUUCAGACAUUGCACACACACAUUGUUUCUUCAUCUCUACUGGUUAACUCUGGAACUCUCUACCGGAUUCUAUAAUUUCUCCUUUCUAUGACUUAAACUUUUAAAGGGAAGUAUCAAGACACCUGCAUAAGUAAUUGGACCUUCUGUGGAAGACUGUCUUCUUGGGGAAGCCAGCACUUUAUUGGUUUUUAUUUUAUGUACUUAUUGUGCCCUUGGCUGGCCCUUUGCUG